AACCGCGCUGCAUCGCGUCACGUGUUCCGCAACUGGAGUAUGGCUCAUUCCGUAUGCAUACUACGUCGUCCGCGAGUGAUGCGACUUGGUUUCUUUCCGGCCUUCUUUCAUCCGCGAAGGAUGGAACGAAAAACGUUCCGCUCGCAUCUCGGGAGCUGUUUGCCGUCGGGAAAGUCUCUCGCAAGCGGCACCAGGAGGCGGCACCACACCUGCGUCUGCUCACUUCUUUCGCAAGGCCGGAUGCCCGCUAUCCGUUCUUCUCCCUCGCCGUUAUCAUCAUCUCUACUACCGCUCAUCCGGCGGUAGCCCCAGCGGCGAAGAAAAUCGUCUGCGCGCUCAAUGGGGGGCACCUGCCUCUGGGCUGCGCCGUUUUCUCGGAGCUGUCGUCUGCUACGGUGUAACAGAUCUGCGGCUCGCGCAGACGGCAGUCGGCGGUUCGGCACUGUGCUUGCGUGCUUCUUGGUCGGUGCAUGCGUGUGCCUUCUCGGAAGGCGGGCAUUUGCGAACGCCCUGCUUUAUAUAACAUCGUCGUGGCCGGUGCUCUGGAAUCUCGGAAGGAAGGGGUUCAUUCCCGUCUGUGUCGUUCGCGUGAUCAUCGCCCGCCUUCUCUCCCACCCGAUCUCGUCCUCGCCCCAUAAUCGCCGAGCUUCGUGUGUGCCGUGUCGUGUGCGUGCUGUAUACACACCGUGUGAACCGAAGAAGAAGUGUCGCUGACCGCUACCGCGAGAUGCUGCCGGCGUGCCGGAGCGCGCAAGAUCUCGCUGCUGCGGUGGCGGCUAGCUGACGGCCUGCGUGUCUGUGUUGUCUUUGCGGCGCGCACCCCCCUGCGCUGGCGGAGGAACUGGGCGGGCAGCGGCGGCGGCUCAUAUCUUCGGAGGCCGUCGCCGUGGACUCUCGCUCGCCGUCACCAUUGGCCCAGUCGCGGACGCGCCGAGCCAGCGUCGCCGGAUCGCGGGACGACGAUUUGAGCGGCGACUUGAGUCGCGACGCGAAGGCCCUGCUCAGCGCGAUGGUCACGUCCACCUACAAGCUGCAGCACGAGAGCAUCGCGCUCGAGAUGAAGACCAGACAGGAGUUUGGCGGGAAGCAGCAGCAGCGACGACAUUCGGCGACAUCCGGGUCUGUUGGGAAGAAGCAGACGACGAAGAAGAAGGCGGCAGUACGAGUGAAAUGCCGAAAGCAGGGACCACCACCCAUGAGAGAUGGCGUCGACUACGUCAACGCCGGGGAAGAAGACCAGAUGGAGGUGUUUGGGUACCGGCCCGACGGCUGCCGCACGCUGGCCACCUGGUGCGGCAUGCUGCUGACGGUGGGCUUGCUACGGCUUUUAUUCCACUGGCGCCCUGCUUGGUGGCUUUACUGCACCCACCGGCGCUGCCCGCUCCAACAGGCCACCAGAGUGUUGCUUGUGGAUCAGUACAAGCAGUUUUUUGUAGAAAAAGUUCGGACUAUCUUGCCUUCUGGAGUCAAUGUGCCACUUAUGCUAUCUGUAACAGGACAAGCAGACUCUUCCCCACUUCAAGAGUCAAACAAACUUGAUGAACUUGUGAUGUUGAAGCCUGGUGGUUCGAUGCAGCCGGCAGAGAGAUUAGUCUACUUUGAAAACAAGAAGAUCCGCUACAUCUGGGAUGACGAGCUCAAAGCAUUUGCAAGGUUGAGGGGUUUCGAUAAAAAUGUGCCGUGUUCUUACUUUCACCAGCAGAAGGGCCUUUCGCUCCAGGAGCAAGUGGUUAGACGAGUUCUUUUUGGGGAUAAUGUAAUUAAUGUCCAAAUACAGUCAGUCUUUCGUAUCCUCUUUCAAGAGGUUCUUGAGCCUUUCUAUGUGUUUCAAGUAUUCAGCAUAAUCAUCUGGUUCUCUGAUGACUACUACUACUAUGCCUCAUGCAUCAUUGUCAUGUCUUCGUUGUCUCUAGUCACGGGCGUGUACCAGACAAGGCUGAGUCAAAAAGCUUUGAGUGACACUGUACACGCUAUGGAUGUGGUCACAGUCAAGCGAAGCAAAGGAGUCUAUGAAAACAUCCCAUCAGAGCAGUUGGUGCCAGGAGAUGUACUUAUAGUGCCUCGCAGUGGAUGCGUGAUGCAGUGUGAUGCUGUCCUCACAGCUGGAAACUGCAUUGUCAACGAGAGUAUGCUCACAGGCGAGAGUGUGCCAGUCGUGAAGACACCACUGCCAAAUCCCGGAGCUUCGCAGCCGACACUGGAUGUCAUGUACCACCCGAAAGAGCACAGUCGUCACACCCUCUUUUGUGGCACCAGAGUCAUUCAAACGCGCUACUAUGGCACGGAAAAUGUAGAGGCCGUUGUUGUUCGCAGUGGCUUUCUUACAGCCAAGGGAGAGCUGGUGCGUUCCAUCAUGUUCCCCAAGCCUGUUGACUUCAAGUUCAAUCGACACAUCAAGAAGUUUCUUCUCUUCCUCGCAUCCCUGGCUAGCAUAGGGGUCAUCUAUACCAUUGUGCUCAAGACUCUGCGUGGGGUGCCCGCUUCGAACAUCAUAGUGCGCAGUUUGGAUGUGGUCACCAUCGUCAUUCCGCCCGCGCUGCCGGCCGCAAUGACUAUCGGCAUCGUGUUCGCCCAGUCGCGGCUGCGACGGGCGCUCAUCUACUGCAUUUCGCCGCGCUCCAUCAACAUCUCUGGCUGCAUCAACUGCUUCUGCUUUGACAAGACUGGAACGCUUACCGAGGAAGGGCUUGACCUGUGGGGCGUCGUCCCCGCCAGCGGUGGCAGAUUCCAGGAACACGUGCCCGACCCAAGUAAGCUUCCGCUGGAAUCUCUGCUGCUGCAAGGCAUGGCCACCUGCCACUCCAUCACGGUCAUUGACCGGCAGCUCUCGGGUGAUCCGCUUGAUCUCAAGAUGUUCGAGGCCACCAGCUGGGUCUUGGAGGAGCCAGACAUCGACGACAACUCAAAGUAUGACAUCAUCGCACCAACAGUUGUGCGACCAGGACCUGCCAACAACUUCAAAGCACCGUCUGUGCCUUCUUUGAAUGCCGCUGGAGAGUUGACUGAGGUGCCUUCAUUCUUCGAGGUCGGCAUUGUGCGGGAGUUGCCCUUUUCCUCGGGCCUCCAGCGCAUGAGUGUGGUCACCCGUGUGCUGGGCUCGACCCACUUCGAUAUAUUCUGCAAGGGUGCCCCCGAGACCAUCGCCUCUCUCUGCAAGGCUGAGACAGUGCCGCCGGACUUCGUGGAGACACUGACGUCUUACACUCAGCUGGGCCACCGAGUACUGGCACUGGCACACAGACCGUUCACAUCGAGCUUUGCCAAAGUGCAUCGACUUCCCCGAGAAGAGGUUGAGAACAACCUCACCUUUGUCGGGCUGCUGGUCAUGGAGAACCGACUCAAGCCAGAGACCACUUCUGUCAUUCGAACACUUCGAGCUGCCAACAUCCGCACCAUCAUGGUCACAGGCGACAACAUGCUGACGGCAGUGAGUGUGGCGCGCGACUGCGAUAUGAUCGAACGAGGCCAGGAGGUGCAGAUCCUCUCGUCGAGCACAGACACAUCGGACAUGGUGCCUGUCCUCAGCUGGCAGUCCUCGGAGGCACCACCACCGCCUGCGAAGUCGCAUCGCAAGGGCAGCGACCUCCUCCCCAACGGCGUGACUUCCAUCUCUAUGGGCCAUCCACUUGUUGCUGUGACUGGCAAGACUUUCGCUGUGUUGCGUGAACAUUAUCCAGACGUCCUGCAACGGGUGGCUGUGUGUGGCGCCGUGUUUGCACGCAUGGCUCCCGAACAAAAGCAGCAGUUGGUGGAACUCCUUCAAGAGAUGGGAUACUACGUUGGUAUGUGUGGAGACGGUGCCAAUGAUUGUGGGGCCCUGAAGGCAGCGCAUGCUGGCAUCUCUCUCUCGGACACGGAGGCAUCUGUGGCAUCUCCUUUCACAUCAAAGGUGGCCAACAUCUCCUGCGUGCCCACGCUCAUCAAGGAAGGCCGUGCAGCCCUGGUGACUUCUUUUGGCAUCCUCAAGUACAUGGCAUGCUACAGCAUGACGCAGUUCACCUCGGUGCUCAUACUCUUCUCGCUCUACUCCAACCUCACUGACCUCGAGUUCCUGUACAUCGACCUCUUCCUCAUCACUCUCUUUGCCACCCUGUUUGGCCGUACAGAACCAAGUCCCAAGCUGGACAAGCGGCCACCCCCGUCAAGCCUGAUGGGAGUCACCCCACUGACGUCCAUUCUUAGUCAGAUUACACUAGUCAUUCUUGCACAAGUUCUUGGCAUCAUGGUUCUUUGGAAGCAAUCCUGGUACCACCCACAUGUACAGGUAGCUGGGUCCUAUGAUCAAGAAGAGCUGGCAUGUCACGACAACUAUGCUGUUUUUGCGGUGUCCGUCUUCCAGUACAUCACCCUGGCCAUGGUAUUCUCUCGGGGCCAUCCGUACCGCAAGACAAUCCUGUCCAACUAUUUGUUCAUAUCGGCAUUGGUGGUGAUGAUGGCUUUCAGCAUAUACCUGGUGCUCUACCCCGCAGAAUUUCUCAUCGCUGGCUUCGAAUUUGACUUGACGGACGUAGAUAUGACGUUCCGCAUGCUCUGUGUCGCCAUUGCUGUGGGCCACUUCAGCAUCGCUUACGUUCUGGAGGACUACUUUGUGCAAGGUUUUGUUUUUAAGCAGCUUCAGCUGAGAUUCUUCAGUGGCUCGGCUCCUUACAAGGAGCUUCAGGAAGAACUCAAGGACCAAUCCCCAUGGACACCGCUGUCGCGAGAGUCCUCCAUCAUGAGCGGCGGUCCUCGCCGGUUGGGCGACUGCAUUCUCCAACCUAGUGCCUUACAGCUCGCCUCUCCCCAGGAAGACACCAGCGUCGACAGCGCGAUAGUCGUCGAUGCCUUCGGGAAUGAAGGCCCCGCCACCGACAAGCAAAGCGGCGACUCCACUGCGCCACCAUGUGUCACGCACAUGUGACGAAUGGUCCCUCGUGCUUCUCGCGUGACUCGCUUUGUGGUGGGGCGGUUUCAGUCGCUGGUCUUCAGCAUUCACCGUCGCCUCUUUUCGAUGGUCGCGGACUGCAAAUGAAAAGAAAAGUGAUGAAGAAGGAAAUAGAGUGGUGCCUGUUGUGAUGAUUGAAGUAUUGUAUGUUGUGAUUGUAAGUUGUGUCAAAUGCGCUUGUCACCUAACAGUUGAGGCACCACGUUAUCCGCUGUCCCUGGAUCGUCGUAGUAAAGUUGCAGUGUAAUUGAAUGAAGAGAAAUGCGGUUAGAGACAGUUCGCUAAUGGCUCAAUUUUCCGGGUAGCUAGCUGCCAGUGGCUGUGCAGUUUGAUCUGAAAGGCCCAUUGUUUGAAAGGGGUGAACAGGCCCAAACGCUGUUCACUUAAAUAGCUUGUACAGCAUACCACCGAGUCACUCUGCACGCUUGGGUUCAACUUUUUCAGACCAUGAUGCCUCCAAUCAGAAUUUAGUUGGGACGAAUUUUAAUCUAUCGAGAAAGUAUUCGAAAAACAUGGUAGGGCUACAGUGUUGCAUCUGUUAAAGUAUGUUUUUAAACUGCUUUGUUUCGAAGUUGCCGACACCACUUGUUGCAAGUCUUCUGCUGCAUUGCGUUCGCAAUGUAUGUGAUAGCUCGUGGGCAUGAUUAAUUUACACGCUGAUUUUUAGUGGCUAUAUUACAUGAGAGCAUGAUAGUUCUUUGUACAUUUGGGUGUGUUAAGCGAAAUUGGUGCCAAUAUGUGCCUAUUUCUGGCAACGAAAUUUGUGUGUCUGAAGUACUUCAGUAGAAACAUGCCAUUGCAGUCAGCUUUAAUGCAACACGAAGAUCAAUUUUUCUGUAAAGAAUAAAAGAUAAGCGUGAUGAUGACCUCACGUGUACUUGGAGCAUGUACGUAUUUUAUUGUCUGUUGUACCGUCCAUGUCAUUAUGUUUACAAUGUUUGGUUCAAAAAGAAUUAAAGAAACAUUUUUAGAAUUAAUAAAUAUCAGUAUCAGAUGUAACAAAAGUACUUUCAUUUCCACUGUGACUUUAUUAUAAGGAGGUUCAACUGCCUGUCAAAGAUUUUCUUGAGGCAAGGACAUGUGGCUGAGAAUUAGGGUGCGAAUAAAUCAAGCAUGCCCAUUUUUGAUAUUCAUGGUACUGUUUAUAUGUCAAUGAUUCAUCUGACCCUGUCAUCUAAAAAAAAAAAGAAAACCAUCAAGGCAGCUCAUGCAUCUGUUUGCAUUCGUGUUCUGGUCAAGCAUUUAUUUGACCACAAGCACUUGCAUGUAUUAUUGGCCUGUGUGGUCAGCUCUGUCUUGGAACAUGUUUCAUUCAACCUUAAAUAAUUAAAACUUCUGAUAAUAUAUGCUGAAAUCUGUUUUCCUGCAAGUUUGGAUUAACUUGAGUCGACCGUACUUAAAGAUUUUGUGUUGUUGGUAUGCCAGCGCUACAGGAAAGUUGCAUGGGCACAGAUAACUUCACGAGGUAUUUGGUCACCGCCUGCAAAUUUAUCCUCCCAAUCGAGAAACCAUUCUUCGUGAUUUAGAACAUUGUUUCAAUUGAAAGUGAUGUGCUGUGCACAACAAAGAAAGGCUGUCAAGUUUUUUGUGAACAAAAGGCUGUCCUUCUCUUUCUUGUUGCAUGCCGCUUGUGGCCAGGAUUACGUUGCUCAAUGCUGUUAUGAAAGAAAAAGCCUGACGUGAAAAAGAUUGAACGGUCUGCUAUGCCUGUAGUAUGUUUUUUUUUUAAGGAUGUUGCAAUUCGUACUCUGCUUUGGCCAGAAGCAGUUGUUUAUUACAUUCCCUUGAACACGUAAAGAACCGAUUUACUUGUGUUUCAGUUGGUGUUUUCCUUUUAAACUGGACACAGAAAUGUUCGUAAACAUGUCUAUGUCUCUUCACAUGCCUUCUUCUCUUUCUCUUUUCUUUUUGUUUAUUCAUAUAUUGGAUCUUUGCUGCUCGUUGCUGUGGCUGAAAGCUAAAGUAGCUGCGUUGAAGUCUUCAGAGUGAGGUCUUCUCGUUGCUCGAAGUUUUCACAGUGAAUAGAUGGCAGUGAACCCCUUUGCAGUAAAUUUGUUUCAUCAAAGUCUUCAGGUUAUUCACAGCAGCGAAGUCUUCACAACAAAGUCUUCAGAGUGAAGUCUUCAUGGUGAAUUGAGGUCAUGAAAACUUCACAGCAGAGUCUCUACAGUGAAAUCACUGCCUUGCCUUUACAGACUUCCUGUUGCAAAAGCUGAUAAGGACCUUCGGCAAGAACAUUGGCAUUUUUGCCACACUUCACUUGUUUGGCAUGGGAUUGCAAGAGUGUGUGUUGAUUUGCAUGGUGCUUCUAGUCUACGAGAUGAUGAUAGAUAAGGUCUUAAUAGGGGAUAUGGUAUGGGAUUAUGCAUCAUGCUUGCCUGCCUCAAUGUCGGGUACUUUUAUUGCAACCUGACUGUGUCUUGCGAUUGCCAGAAAGUGGCGAGCGGGAAAAACUAAAAAUACCCAGAUUCAACCGCCACCUAUUUUUGCCAGAAAUUUCGUCCCUUGGGUAUUUUCUGUUUUAGUCAAGCAAACGGUGCUGCUAAACUUGACUGCAACAGGGCAUGUUUAGGAAGAGGAGUGUUAUUUACACUUUCUGGCAGCAGUCUUUUCGAUAAGUUCAUCAGGCUUUACUACGUACUUUGCUCACUUGUAUUGGCGCGCUAUUUUUUUCUUCUUUCGUGCAUACAGACUUUUUUUUUAACAGGCCUUUGGGCUAGGCUAGAAGUAAGUUUGAAAGUUUUGUCUCUCCAAGCCUGGUUGAAUUAUUUAUUAUUGUAGCGCUUCAGCUGCAUGUUACCCCGGUGAUUUAUCUGUUAUGUAUAUGCAGUUGAGAAGCAUUACUUGUGUGUACUUAUAGACUGACUCUUGCUAGUCCCUGUUGAACUCUUAGGGUACGCACAGUGGAGUCUGUGGACCGUUCGCUGAUUAAAAGCCAAGUGCAAUGAAAUUUCAGUUUUGCCGAUUGGGUUAUUAAUGAAUGGUACAUACUAUCGAAGUGAUCUUGGCAGAGCUGCAAGGCUGGUAAUUGCGUUAAUUUUCUUACUAGCAGCCUUUAAAUAGCACCUUAGCAGAAGGCAGGUUGGUUAGUGGCCAUGACACAUAAGCUGGAACAUCGCCUCCGAGAUUUUCAGCUUGCCGCAGGUGCCACCCAAUCUCGGAGGAUAUGCCCAGGUGCCUGCACUGCGGCGGUAUUCUGAAGCAAUCACUGUCAGGGAUGCGGUCACUUUUGCAUGACUUGUUGCCAGACACGUCGGUGUAAAUGGCCAACCACAUUCCUAGCACAGUGCCCAGCUCAAUAUAAGAACACUGUCAUCCUUACGUUUGUUGCGUCGAGUACAGAGUCAUGCGAAAUCUUGCUAAAAGGAUUGUAUCACUUAGUCAUCGCUCGAGAAUACCACCCCUGGUUCUCAAAGUCCUAGGACCUACGUCAUUUCCAGCUAGGGGUAAUGAUGGUGUUUUCUUCAAUUUCGGUAUCGGAAACAUUCAUUCUUACUAGCUUUUUGUGAAGCAUCCACUCCCAUUUCUAAUGUAAAGUUUUGCAUGGAGGCUGCUCUAUAUCUGCGUUACCUCAAAUUAAUUUUCUACACAUUCAAUAUGUCAUUGCAGUUGGCUUUUAACAGCCACAGUGUACUCCGUGCGAUGCUCGGGAGGAGAGUCGGUCUGAUCCUGUGCACUUGUGCUCGGCCUAUAUUACGCAAAUCAAAUGUGGGGAUCCACGACUUCAUGCAGGUCAGCACUUAAACUAGCAUACCCUGUUUGUAAUUGGUAGGUGACAAAUGGCUUGGCUUUGUAUACACAUGUUUGCAACAGUAUCCACAUUGUACAGAAGUGACCACUUUUCCUAAUCGAAAUUCAGCCACUCAAGUUUUUUUUCCCCAUGGAUGUCCCUUUGCUGGGUGCCAUAUACUGCACAGAACUGUUUGAUUGUGGACCACAUGACUGUUAUUGCUGCCAGUAUCUUAAUCUUUCCUUCUUUAUUUCAUUUUCUCUCUCUGAACAAUCUGUAUUCAGUGGUAAAGCAAUUUCCGUCCAAACACAUUGGGCAAGUGUGUGUACGUGUAUGCUUUCUGUACGUUCAGAUGUCUCUUGCAUCGAAUCUCACGCAUGCUUUACUUUAUUCGCUAUGCUGCAUAAAUUGUAGGCUGGGCGAAGCAAGAUAAUUGCUUUUGCAUACUUCACAAUGUGUACAGUUCGGUCAAUUAUGAGUGUCACACUAAUUAAAAAAAAAUGAGCUCCUACACUCAGUCAUGUAAUGCAACGGUAGCUAUUUCCUUUUUAAUUGAGGCAUUGUAUUAAAGUGAUAUAAUAAUUGCUGAUUCAUCCUCAAGCUUGUCAGCAACAGUUUGAACACCUUCAACUCAUCAUCAAUCAUGCAGAUUGCCGUGACAUCAAUUGCAGCUGCUUACUGCCACUUGAAAAUUUCUUUGCAACUUGGAACAUUUUCUAGGCUUUGCUAAUUCUGCUACACCUGACAUUUAAAAGUGUGAAUAAGUUGCUGGUUCUUCCAGCUUAACAUCUGCCACGUAUGCUGUCUGCUUAAUGUUUCUCGACACUUUUUUUUUUUCUUCAUCAGACUGAGCUUAUUAAGUGUACACAUUUAGUGCGAAGCUUUGAAAUCCCAAUCAGAAACAUGUAUCGGCAUGUGCCUUCGUGCCUCUGUGUUUUAUCGUGUCAUGUCAUGUGAGGAAAUAUGGCACAGACUUGGAUUACAUGCACUGGUAUACCUUAAUCGGCUGCAGUACAGUGUCUACAAAUACAGCCAGAGCCAGUUGCAGUCCGCAUCAAACCAAGCCAAGACUUGCAUUGAAAACCCCAGGAACUGCAGUCUUUGACUGCUGCUCACUGAUGAGCUCUUUGUGAUGUGCUCGUCGAUAUGCGAUGUCGGAACUUCUCUGACAGACUGAGUAAGUCACAUUGGCACUCCUGCUAACACAUGCUGAGACAUGACUCUGGUUGGGGCUCUUCACUACAACUCGAGAGACCUUUGAAUGACUGCAACUUCAGUCUUCCAAGUAUAUAAGCAUUGCCUUGCCAAGAAGCGCUGUACGUGCAACAUACACUGAGGUUGUCUUGCAAAAGGCCUUGAACUUAGCUGUACGGUGAUGACCAAUAGCAUGCUGCCAAGGUUAAAACUAUGAGACAAAACGGUCAAAGUCAACCUUCCCCUGAAAGCUACGGAAGGAAGAACACUGCGAAAAUUUGCAGAUUUCUGCAGUGUGUGUGCUUUGUAGUCUGGUUUUUCUCUUUACAUGCUUGUAUUUAUAAGUGACUGAGUGGUGAAAAAAAAAAGUUUGUACUGCUUCCACUUGCAACAGCAAAGCUCGUAGCAACAAUGAGGGCAUUUUUCUCGUGAAUUUCGUGGAAAAAAAAUGAAAUGCUAGGUGUAAAAAAAAAGAAGAUACAAUAAAUGUGACAUAUCUACUGCGAAACUUGUUUUUAUUUGGAAAAUAAAAAAUAUUCAGUCUUGCCUUU